GGCCGUCCACCCGGGAAACUUUCGGUUGUGACCCUCGGGUGGUUCCCGGGCGCGGCGCACGGAACCGAGCAUGGAAGAUUCGUCGGGGAUUCGCGAGCCCCGGUCCCGGCCUCGAGAACGCGACCCGGACCGUCGUCCCCGCGCGGACCGAGACCGCCACCUCGAGCGGCCGCGAGACAGACCCGGGCCCCGGCGCGGGGAUCGCGACAGGGGGCGGGAGCGGGACCCCCGCCGGGAGCGGCCCAGGGACGCGGGCCACCGCGCGGCGGAGCCAGCAGCCUGGGGAGCGGCCCGCCCCAGCCGGACGCGGGGCGACCCCCGAGGGCCCCCCUGGCCCGAGCCCCGGGGGACCCCGGAGCCGCCGAAAAGUGAACCCAUGUCAGGAAGAUAUAUGUCCUCAUAUCCCAGGCCUGGACCAGAAGAAGUGGAAUAUUACCAGUCAGAGGCUGAAGGGCUCCUGGAAUGCCACAAAUGCAAAUACCUGUGCACUGGGAGAGGUGUGGUGCAGAUAGUGGAGGUGAUCCUCAAUGUGAUGGUUCUCAUAUGUAUCGUGGCCUCCUACUUUGUGCUCGCAGGAUUCAGCGCCAGCUUUGCCAGCGGUGGUGGCUUUGGGAACAACUAUUACUCACCAUUUGAGGGCACAGAGCUGGAGCAGGUUCGGCAGCUGGACCAACAGUACACAGUCCUCCGGUCACCUCUGAUAUACGGUGGUGUGGCUGUGUCUUUGGGUCUGGGGGUCCUCACCAUGGGUGUUUUACUCCAAGGAGCCAAGAGUCUAGCAAAACUGCCGAGGAAGUGGCUCCUCACAGAGGCUACCUUCAGCCUCCUGGCCUCAGUGGGCUACUGCGUAGGCAUUGGUGUUUACCUCCGUGUGGCUUUGCAGAUCAAUGCCACAGACACUUGCAAAACAAGAGAGAGGCUCUAUGCCCGCAAAGGCCUCACCUGGAUGAACUGCCAGCUGGCUGGCACUGAUGGUGCAGCAGCUACCUUUGCUUGUCUUCUGGUGAUUAUGUAUGGUGCCAGCGUGGUGCUAGCCUUGCGAAGCUACCGAGAACAGAAGCUCUACAAAGACAGCCAAGAACAGCACAGAAAUUACAGUGACACACCAGAAUACCUGUGGUCUGGGACACUCUAAGGAGAUCUAAAAAUGUAUCAGCUCAUCCCCAUCAUUUCCUUCAAAAAGACAGGCUCUUUGCAAGCACACAAUGGACCACUUUGGGUUUCACAUAAUUGAUUUUUUUUAAGUGCUCUCUUUGGUUUGUUACCUAUGGAGAAUUAAGUGAUUGUCUCAUUUUUCUCUUGGAAAAGAUCAGUAAGUCGUUGUUGGCCAACUCAAUGAGAGCUUGAAAAAACUAUAACCAUCUUUAAUGCAAAGAGCAACAGUAGACUAGGUUCACCCUAUUGUAGGGCUCUCCUGACCUGUAACAAUUGAAGUAGCUAGUUAACCUUAGAAAUUCUAAAAGUGAGAGCUAUACAUCAGAGGGUAGCAGAUCCAGUGUUAUGGUAGAAAUGUUACCCAUCUUCACUGUCUAUAAAGUCAUCAAAAAAAAUGUUAUCAUUGAUAAUAGAGGUUGAACUCAGGACC